AUGGACGAGCAAAUGCAGGACGAGUGGGCCGCCAGCCGGAAGAACCGGCUGCCGACGUUCACGGAGGUGCUGAGCAGGAGGACCAGGCCGCCGGUGGAUUUAUUCAUGUUCUAUCUAUUCUUACAGCGUGAGGGGAACGAAGAUAUCCUGGAUUUCUGGCUGGACGUGCAACAGCACGAGAACCUGUGUCGGGCGUAUUUCAAGGACGUGCGCAAGUCGGGCCGUACGAUCAAGGACGACUGGCCGCAAUACUGGGACUAUGCCAGGCGACGCGGCAGUAUCUACGGCACAGUCGUCGGCAUGAACCCGGCGGCGGUGGGCGCCAAGCGGUCUACAGCAUCUACCACAGAGCUGGAGAAAUUGGCGGCGGAGGGCGGUGUGCGUUCGACUUCACCACGCUCGCCCUCGCCCGACCCUCGCCUGGCCCAGAGCACGUCUCCGGCAACCGCCGUGGGCUCUGAGUGGGGACACGAGCAACCUGCACGCUCGACAACACCAUUCUCCCUGUCUCGGCAUACUCCGACUCUCUUCAACCGUCGGGCUUCUCGGGCGCCUACCAUUAUCCCGCGGAGUGCUGCCAUUUCCCGUCUUGACCUCGUCGCCAGCGCGGAACGCAUCUGGCUUCGGUAUCUUUCCCCUGCCGGUGCCGCACCUGGAGACGAAAGCCAUGAGAUCUACCUCCCACCCGCGCUGCGGAUUCACGCAUUCCCUCUCAACUCGCAGCAGGAGAGCCGCAAUGCGAGCGACCAGGCGAUCAUGGCUCAGGUGCCCGACAUGUUCCACGCACAGAAGGAAUACGUCUUCAAGGCGAUGGAGCAAGACGCCUUCCCUCGCUUCUUGCGGGCCAAAGCGUUUGGGAACCUGACGCCCUUGAGUGCGCUCGUGCGACUCAUCCUUGGGCUGGUUAUCCUCUGGAUCGCGCUCGCGGUGGCCUUCUCUCUUGUCUUCCUAGAUGUCCAACCCAAAUCGAAGCGCUUCUUCCUCUUCAUACCGUUCACCUUCGCCAUCCUCUUCCUCAUUUCACACCAAUACGAGUUGGACCCCAUCCUCGUCUUCUUCAUGCAGUCCGAAACAACACCAUUCCGGACGCUCACGAUCAAGGAGCCUUACGUACGCAAGCUCUUGCUUGGUCGCGGCAUAUGGGUCUCCAUACUCGUUGCGGCCUGCGUCGUCGCACUCACUAUGAUCUUCUGGGCGGUACCCGGUCACCACCUAUGA